AUGGGUCUGCGCGGUCGCGUGGGCCGGGAACAGUUGGAGCGUCUCCUGGUAGGUGUUACGAAAAUACUAAUUGAUGUUGCAGGAAGAUGAGAGUGAUGUAUGCUGUCGUUUUAUUAUUUAGUCCUUGCUAGGAUGAUGGUCACGUGAAACCCUCGAAGCCCAAACGGUUACGUGGAAAGGUGCUGGGCGAGAAAGACACCAAAACUAGCAGAGAGACGGUUACGAAGUGUGCCCUCGCGGGUGCUCGUGAAGUUUGGACAGAAGAUACAGCAGGACUUGAGACGUCCCGAACUGCCCUGAGGAAUCCUUUAGUUCGGGAUGCCCUUUGCGAAAGACUGACGACUCGCAAUCUGUGCACUGUUAAGCUCGAGGGCCUUCCUAAGGGCUACAACUACCUAUCCUUGCUGAGCCUAGCCCCUGACAUGGCGGCCUGUCGCAUACCGCAUAUUGCGAUUUCCCAUCGGCCUGCAAGGACGGUGUUUCUAGAGUUCAGUUCUCACGAGUCAGCUCUGAGCAACCAGCGUAGGUUGGAGGGUAUGUCGUACAAGGAAAGGACUCUUAAAGCGACUUUAGGGAAGUUCAAUUCAGAGGACCCCGGUAGGACAUUUUAAAAGCUGACCCUCGUAGAUGAAUACAAUCCUCUUGAGAUUCGCGUUUCCAAUCUGCACAAGAAGACCGGCAAAGGAGAACUGACUAGACACUUCCCCAACGCCACAGGCAUUAUCAUGAAAGAUGUCAACAAAUCGGGACGUUUCAAGUAUGAGGUUGGUGCUGCGGUUAUUUCCUUCGGGACACCCGCUGAGGCCAUCUCUGCGUUUGACGAAAAGCAUGGUUGUGUUGUCCGUGGUCGCCGCGUAUCCGUCAUGUUUGAACGCAAAAAAUCGCCAAAGUUUGUGUUUGUUUUGCCUUAUGUCUUUAGGUCUGUCCAAGGUCUUGUAGUGUACGGAUUGAAAAAGUGCACAAAGGAAUCUGAGGUUCGAGCUCUUUUCCCACAAGCAGAAGCCAUCGAAAUAUACCCGCUUGGAGGAUUCGCAAAGCUACGCUAUGGAACAGUGGAGGAUUGCAAACUGGACAAGAAAAAUGCGUUGACAGCCAAGUUCAGGGGCAGACAGCUUAAAGUCGUCUAUCUCCGGCGCCACGGUGUGGGGGACGAAGCUGAUAUCCGGCCCGUGCCACAGGGCCCGUCAACUUGCCGUGUCUUCGUCAAGAAUCUGGGAAGAACCGCAAAGGAAGAUCAAGUAAAGGAACUGUUCAAGAACGCAAAACUCGUAAGCAUGCCAAAGAAAAGGCAUGGGUGCAGGGGGUAGGUUGAUGUCUCGACUGUAUUUUGCCUGACGACCCAAAAUUAAUGCACGUACCAAUUGAGAUCCGCAAUUUUGCGCUAGUUUCAAAGCUUUCAUGUGAUAACCUUUCUUUGUAUAAAUGCGCCUGGGCGACUUAGCCUCUGUCCAUCCUAAUCCUUUAUGCCAGUGGGCAUAAAGUUUCGCUUAUGGACUAGAAUUAUUGGUCAGACUUGAACUUCUCUUUGACCGCACAAAAUACCUAACGUUUCCCCUUAUUCGCGGUGCCCGGAUUUCUGUUGUUGUCCAACAGAUUAAACUGGCAGCCGCAAGAUUGACCCGUGGAGCAGCGUGCUACAUGGAAUAUUCAGAGUCGAUAUGCCAUGCCUCCACACCCAUUUGGCGUUUAUUAAAUCAUCCUACCUCUGUGUUUGCAGGUUUGCGAUUCUGGACUUUGGAACGACUGAAAAUGCACAGAAAGCUCUUUCCAAGAGACAUGAACUAAAUUCCCGCGUUUUGAAAUUGGAGUGGGCUACACCAAAGCAGACAAUCGACUGA